AUGCGGGCCAGCCCUGAGGAGCACAGGAAGGGCAUUGAUGUUGCUCCCGCGUUCCAGAUUGGCCCCAUCAAGAUCAGGAUUGGAGAGAUGCUUGGUGGCAGCGGCAACAACGACAACUUGCGCAGGCUCAAGAAGGAGAUCGCCCAAGCUGGCCUUGACGACCCCAAGAAGAUUGAGGAGAACGAGUACUGGCUGAAGCGCUAUGGGCACAAGCGCUGGUUCCCCAAGUACGUGGACCAAUCCGGCGCCAAGGGCGUGGGCGGGCUCUUCCGCGGCUUGGCCGCCUGGUCCGGCUUCGAUCCUCUGAACGAGGAGCGCGGCAAGACCUGGAUCGAGGCGGACUACGGCAAGCCUUUGAUGGGGGACAAGAAAGACAUGACGUUCCCUGGCCUGCUCACCAAGGAGCAGAUGCAGAAGGAGCUCGACAGCGGCAAGCUGCCCAAGAAGUAA